AUGACAGUCCAUGAAAUCCAGGAGGGAAUGCAGUUUGUGCUUAAAAGAUUCGACCGUUUUUACCUCAUGAUCGAUGCCCUCAACGAGACGCCACACAGCGAUGAAGUCGUCAAGACGCUCAUAUCGCUGUGCAAGCAGAACGCCAAGUUGCGGGUUUUGGUCACAAGCACACGUGAGCCUGUUCAGGGCCAGGAUUUGAUUUUCUUAAAGAGAAUGAGCGAGAGGGUCGUGAAUUCGGACAUUGAGACAUAUGUCUACCAGCGGCUUCUGACCGAAUGCCGCUUUAAAUCUUUGAAUCCGACCAGUCAGAGAGAGGUUAAACAUCACAUAGUCACAUCGUCACACGGCGUGUUUCGAUGGGCCAAGGUCUGCAUGGACCAACUCAGCCGCUAUCGCACGGUGAGAGACAUGAAGGCUGUGCUCCACGACAUCCCCACCACGCUUAACGAGAUGUACGCCGCGAUGCUUUUUCGAAUCCCGGCCGAAGAUAGGGGGAUCGCGCACGAGGCUCUCACAUGGCUCUGCUUCUCCCUUCGUCCUCUGCGUCUACGUGAGCUGGCUGAAGCCGUGAUUCUGUGUGAGGACGAUACCUUCCUGGAUAACGAUGCUAGACUCGCUGACCCGGUCGUGCUCCUCGAAGUAUGCCAGGGUCUGAUCUACUCUAGCUACGAUGAACUGACACUGGCCCACGACUCGAUUCGAACCUUUCUUCUGUCUGACUGGAUUCGAGAGUCCAAGAUGGUUUCAGAAUUUGCCGUUGAUACGGCUUCAGCUCAUCGAAAGAUCAUGCGCAAGUGCCUUACAUAUCUGAGCCUAAAUGAUUUCGCUUCGGGACCUGUAUCUACCGAAGACCAGCUUAACGCUCGCUUCAUCGAUUACCCACUUCUCUACUACGCCUCGCAGAUGUGGCCGAUCCAUUCCGAGCGAUUCGACUUGCAGUCGGAGGAUGAGAAUGACAUUCUCGCCUUCUUCAACACCAAAGGAAACCCCAACUCGGGCACGUUUGGGACGUGGGUGCAGCUUCUCCUGAAAACGCUGGAUCUGGAUACGGUUCACCGGACUGAGCCUUUGUACUACGCCGCCUCCUACAACAUGGUGCAGAUAUUAAAGAUUCUUCUGCGGCCGGGAAACUCCAUUGACAUCAACAAGAGAGGUGGGCGCUACUUGUCAACGCCGUUGUUUGUGGCCGUGUGGCGGGGGAAUUUGGAAGCCGCAAAGCUGCUGUAUAAGGCCGGUGCAGAUCCCUGUCUCCGAGACAGGAAAAUUCCCUCGGACAGCUACAAGAUGGCGGUACACCGUCAUAUGGACGAGCUUGUCGAACUUUUUGCCGACUCGGCAACUCCCCGUGGGGCCGAGGAGCCACAGUAG